AUCGAGACUAAGAAGCCGAGCAAGGACAUCGACAGUGCGAACCUGCAGAUGGGAUCCUGGCAUGCAGCGCAGUGGAACUUUCUCGCAACGGCUGUGCGGCUGUCGAGUCAAGAUGGGCGAGUAUCCAAGUCGCCGCUGGAGCAGAUAGAACUUGUCAAGCGGGCUGAGGCGCGGCUCGAUCAACUGCCGUUCCUUCCUGGUGUGGUGGUGCAGGGGCAUAAGUGGUCUCUAGUCCUUUCGACGCGUGAGGGCCAGAAGACGAUACUGUGGACGGAGCGGGAGUUUGGGACCACGCAGAGUAUCCAGGAUAUAUUCAAGAUUGUUGCCGGGUGAGGGAGCUCGCGGCUUGGUGUAGAAGGGUAUACUUGCCCUGGUGGGAGGAGAGUGUUUUAAGAG